AUGGCCAUCACUUCAUGUUCAGUCUAUGAACUCUUCAUCUUCUUAUCCUUCUUCAUUUUCAUCCCCUUACCCUGCUUAACCAUAAAUCCUAAACACCACGGAUUGACCGUAGAUCUCAUCCACCGUGACUCUCCACUUUCUCCACUCUAUAAUCUCGAUACCACUUUUUGGGACAAAGCUGAGAAGUUAUAUGAAAGCUCAAUUAGACGCUAUGCCUAUAUAACUUCGAAAAGAAGUGACAAAUACAGAACUGAUCUUAGUAUUGAUGAUUUUGUGUACCUUGCCAAAUUCACCAUUGGUGAACCAGCAGUUGAUGUCUUCACCAUCAUCGAUACCGGUAGCGAUCUCUUAUGGAUCCAAUGUAAACCUUGCACCCAUUGUGAACAACAAUCUGUACCAAUCUAUGAUCGCACCAAAUCAACAACCUAUGGCAACAUAACCUGCAAUUCUUGGGACUGCAAAUUAGUUAAAGGUCCAAGUUGUGACAGCCAAAAUGUGUGUAAUUACCGCAUUCAAUAUGAAGAUAGGAGUUACAGCUAUGGAUUUCUUGCAACCGAGUCUCUAUCAUUCAAGAAUUCCAAAGGAGAAGUCACGGGCACAAUUAAGAAUAUGGUCUUUGGUUGUGGUAUUAACAACCAUAAUUCAGUUCUUGGCCCGUUGAGUGGAGUACUAGGCCUUGCUGCAACUCCAUUGUCACUGGUCACUCGAUUACAUCCCACAACACAACCAAAAUUCUCUUAUUGCUUGAACAACGCAAGUGAUCCAUCUUCUAAAGGUAAUUUGAUAGUUGGUGAAGAUUCACAUAUUAGUGGCUUCUCAACUCCCUUUAUAUUCGAUCAGGGUUGUUACCAAGUCUUUCUUGUUGAUAUUAAAAUGGGGUCAAAAAGUCUUGAUAUUCCUCGGAAAGUAUUUGGUUCAACAGGGAAUGUGAUAUUAGAUAGUGGCACUACAUACACAUUUCUACCACCGGAAGCACAUAAUAAAGUAGUAGAUGCAAUAUCCCAAACAAUCAAAAAAUUUAAGGUCAGACAAUUUGCAAGCACAAGAAAAGGGGAGUUAGGUUACUCAGGAAGUAUUGGAAAGGAUUUAAAUGGAUUUCCAACUAUGACCAUUAAUUUUCUAGGAAAUGCCAAGUUGGUUUUAGAGAGAUGGAGUAUUUUCAUCCCAGAAGGAAAUUCCGCAUUUUGCUUAUCUUUCCUACCUAAUAGUGGUCCCAAUGAGAAAAGCGUUAUUGGUAGCAUGGCUCAACAGUUUUACAAUUUUGGGUUUGACUUUGCUACAUACCAUUUGUCAAUUAUCCAUUCUGUUUGUAUUUACUAG